UCUCUGCUGCUCUCACAGCUUUAUCCAGACCAGGUUAAAGGAAGAGAGCUUCCAGAAGAGAAUGAUGGAGAAGAAUCCACCAGGAUGCAUGGAGAUGCUUCCAUUUCUUUAAAGACUGAAGGCGCUGAGAAGAAUCAAAAGGACAAUGAUGUAGAGAACCCUCUCUCUGAGCAUAAACACUUGUCAGACUCUGGAUAUCAGAAAUGUUCUACAGAGCAGAAAACAGUGGAGUCACAAAGGAAAGUCCAGACAGGAAUGAAGCUUAGCUGUGAAGAUUGUGGAAAAACAUUUAGUAGGAAAUACACUUUAAGCACACACAUGAGAAUCCACACAGGAGAGAAGCCUUUCUGUUGUGAUAUAUGCGGAAAGGGAUUUAGCCGAAAAUCUCAUUUAAACACACACAUGACAAUCCACACAGGACAGAAGCCUUUCUGUUGUGAUCUGUGUGGACAAAGAUUUAGCGAUAAAGCAUAUUUAAGCACACACAUGAGAAUCCAUACAGGACAGAAGCCUUUCUGUUGUGAUUUAUGUGGACAGAAAUUUAGCCGAAAAUCUAAUUUAAACACACACAUGACAAUCCACACAGGACACAGGCCUUUCUUUUGUGAUCUGUGUGGACAAAGAUUUAGCAAUAAAGCAAGUUUAAGCAGACACAUGAGAAUCCACACAGGACAGAAGCCUUUCUGUUGUGAUCUAUGUGGACAAAGCUUUCGCCACAAACAUGCUUUAAACACGCACAUGAGAAUCCAUACAGGACAGAAGCCUUUCUGUUGUGAUCUAUGUGGAAAAGAAUUUAGCCAAACAUCAGUUUUAAACAGACACAUGAGUAUCCAUACAGGACAGAAGCCUUUCAGUUGUGAUCUAUGUGGACGAAGUUUUAGCAGAAAAUCACAUUUAAACAAACACAUGAGAAUCCACAUCACCGUCUCAAGAGCA